UGAGUCCCAACGCAUUUUGGUGGCCUGAAUUCCCAGGCAGCGCCCGACACGCGACCAACCGAGGCCUUUCCUCUUGUCGAUCCUCUUAAGGCUGUCCAGCUUGCAUUAUCUCCUCUCCACAUCCCCCAACCUCCAUCGCCAGUUCUUCCAUCCUCCACCAUGAUGGCUGGGCUCUAGUCGGUCUGGGUCUCGCUAUAAUUUCCCCUUUCUCUCCUUUCUUCCUCUUUUCUUUUUCUCAGCCUUAUCUAUCUCUUAAACGGUCCCAGUGCAGGCAGGACUGGGAUUGUUUUCCUUGCUCCCAGCUGGCUCCUUGUUUCUUAUUUCUCUGCCUAAUUGUCCAUAACCUCCCCCCUCUCCGCAUUGGGGGUGGUUCAUCACCAUGCUAGAUCCUUUCCCUCCCCCUCCGGCAUGGCUUCGGAAUGCCAUCGAGCCAUGGGCUGUGUCCGCUAACCUACCGACCCUACCUGACCAUAUCCAUGAGGUCCUGUUCGCCUUCGCCUUUUACCAGUUCAUCCACUCCUUCCUUUCGCCUUGGCUGUCCCCGCUGCUAUUCUCCAAUAAUUAUCCCAAAUUCAACCGCCGCACGAAGCUUAACUGGGACAUCCAUGUGGUGUCGUUCGUGCAAAGCACCGCCAUCAACCUGGCAUCCCUGUACGUGAUGUUCGUGGACCAGGAGCGCAAGGGAAUGGCGGCGGGAGAGCGUGUGUAUGGAUAUACUGGUCUCUGUGGACUGCUCCAAGCUCUAGGAUUGGGAUACUUCGUGUACGACUUGAUCGUUAGCACGCUGUAUAUCAACAUGUUUGGCGUUGGAAUGCUGUUCCAUGCUAUCAGUGCAGUGUUGGUGUUUAGUCUCGGAUUCCCCAUUCCUUAAUAUCCACUGGUUCUUGGAUAAGCUCAACAUGACUGGUGGCAAAGCGCAAUGCUACUGCAGAAAUGUCCAAGUUCUCUUC